CCCGUAACAAAUUAAAAUGUUAAAAAAAAUAUAGUAAAAUGAAUGCGAAAAGCAAAACUGACGAGAGAGAGAGAGAGAAUAUAAGCUCUUAAUUCAAACCAAAGAAUAAAACAUUUUACAUAAAAAGAACAUUUUCGUGAUUUGACAAUGCGCGUUCAAAACUAGAGAGUUUCGGUACGAACUGUUCAGCGGGAUAGAGAAAAGUUAAGAGAAAGUGAGAAAAAGAGGAUAUAUGCUAUCGAAAUGUUAUAGAAGAAUAUUGAAAAUAUCGUGGCCGGAGUUCAGAACUAAUCAGUCAAUUCUACAGGAACUCUAUAUUAAGCACUGUCAAUCCUCCAUCGUUCAGGUCACAUUCUCGCUUAUAAAGCGCACCACCAUCCGAACCGGUGACCACGACCACUGCAAGCCAAGGCCGUUUUCCAAUUACAGCACAAGAGCGCAAACGGACUAAGAAAAAAUUUGCGGGAACACUACAUGUCAAUUUUUUUAUGUUGUUAUAGGUUUUUUCCACAAUCAAUCUAUGUAUAAUAUUUAUAUAAUGAUGUAUUAGACUUCAUUUCAUUUUUCAUAAAACAGAAAAGGUUUUGGCUUAUGAUGCAAACAAUUUGUAUUAAUGGGCCAUGUUCCCUUUGCAUUAUCAAAAAAAUUAAUCAAUUACGAAAUAAACAGGAGGUACCAUAGAUUAUACACUUAAUAUACUUGGGAGGUACGGUAGGUACAUAACCUACACGAGAUUUUUUAAGCUAAAAUUUAAAACAUAUUAUUCAUAAAUAAGAAACUGUUGUGAACUGUUCUGAGUUAAAUAAAAAUUACUGAUGUUAAAAUGGUAGUGGUAGAAAAAAUGAAGUCAGUUUUAAAAGUUUCAGUUUCAGAUACAGAAUCAAGUGUCGAAGAAUCUAGUGAUAGUGAGAAUGAGUCUGUUACUAAUAAUGAAGUCGAUGAAAACCCGGAAGCAGAUUUCAAAAGCUCUAAAUCAGAUUCAGAGGAAGAGAAUCGCCUUUUAGCAAACGAAGGCUGGGCGGAUUCAAUCUCAAAAAUUUUAGGUUCCAGCAAACCCAAGAAUAAAAAAACAUUAGUCUUAUCUAGGGCCAAAAAGCAUUCAGAAAUAGUAAAAAAAGAAAAAGAAGAGAAGCCAAGUUUUGAAGUUAUAGGUGAAGUGAAUGAAAUUGAAUCAAAAGUCAAGAAGGAAGAGAUUAAUGUAGAACCACCAGCUAAGAAAGUGAAACAUGAAAAACCAUCAAUAAGAAUUAAGCCAAACAUCUUAGAAAAGGACAGAGAAAGAUUAUUGAAUAAAAUAGCCACUAAAGGUGUAGUACAAUUAUUCAAUGCAGUAAGAAAUCAACAAAAAUCUAUAGAGAAAGAAAUGGAUCGGAAUGACUUGUCUGAAGGAAAGAAAGAAAAGAUUUUGAAAAAAUUUGAUAAGAGAACUUUCUUGGAUACCCUUAUGGGACAGAGUAAAUCAAUAGUUGUUGAUGAACAUGUAAAAAGCUUAAAAGAUGAAGUUAAAGAUGAAACUGACAGACCCAAAUGGAAUGCUUUAAGAGAUGACUUUAUGAUGGGAGCCAAAAUGAAAGAUUGGGACAAAGAAUCAGUCGAUGAAUGAAAUAAAGUUUCUACCAAAAUAUUUUUA